GCGGCGGGGACUGCGUCCGGCGCACUCACUUCCGCGUCCCGCCGCCCUCCGGCUCGCGCGCGCCCAGCCACCGCCGCCAUCGGACAAUAGACCAACCGCCCGGCUGCCGUGAACUUCCCGCCGGGGCCCGGCCGGCCCGUGUGCCCCGGAUCCCGAUCCCCGAUCCGUCCCCGCGCCGGCCACGAUCGCAGCUCCGCGCCACCGGGGGAAGCCGCGGAGGACCGAGCGCCCGGUACGUGCUCGCGCCUCCCGCCGCCGCGCCUUCGCUCCGGCCGGGCCGGUCCUGGGCCCUCUGCUCUCUGCUCUCUGCGCAACUUUCCCUCCUGUCCAGCGGCUGCUGCCUCUUGUGGGUGUCUUGAGUUUGGUUGCUUAAGGAGGAUGUGAUUUUUUUUUUUUCUUUUUCCGUAUUUCUUUUACGUUUUAUGAUUUGAAACCGAGAAAAGAACUCACAGCCAGCUCGGACAGCCAAGCGCCGCCAGCCGCCCCCACGCGGACACCUCCGAGGGGAAGGGGAAUUGGAAGCAAAUUUGGCCCAAGUGACUUUGAGGCCUCAGCAUCUGCUGGACUCUAAGGCCCUGGGUCAUGACUCUCAUGCUGGGCAGGUGGAAGGCUGUACCUGUCCUGGGCUGGACUUGAGUGUCCGCCCUCUGCCAGGACCCCCACCGCCCCAGCUCCACGCACUCAACUAGGCUAGGCCGGGUCAGCAACAUGGAUAAGUAUGACGACUUGGGCCUGGAGGCCAGUAAGUUCAUUGAGGACCUGAACAUGUACGAGGCCUCCAAAGAUGGACUCUUCCGAGUGGACAAGGGUGCAGGCAACAACCCGGAGUUUGAGGAAACACGCAGGGUGUUUGCUACCAAGAUGGCCAAAAUCCACCUGCAGCAGCAGCAGCAGCUCCUACAGGAGGAGACCCUGCCCAGGGCGAGCCGGGGUCCCGUUAACGGUGGGGGACGCCUGGGCCCACCGGCCCACCGGGAAGCUGGUGGGGGCAGCAAGCUGGCCGCGGACGGUGCUGCCAAGCCCCCUCUCGCUGCCUCAACCGUGGCCCCUGGGACGACCAUCACCGUGGCGCCUGGGCAGCCCUCGUACCCACCCCAGGAGCAGAGGGCCAAGCUGUACGUCCGGGGUUCGAGGCAAGGCAGCCAAGACUGUGGGUCCAAGGAGAGCAUGGCGAAUUCUGAGAUGUCUGCUUUCCAUCGGCCGGGCCCCUGUGAGGAUCCCUCCUGCCUCACCCACGGAGACUAUUACGACAACCUGUCCUUGGCAGGCCCCAAGUGGGCCGACGACCCGGGAGUGUCCCCUGGCAUCAGGCUGGGUGUAGGAAGUACGUGGUCUGGGACCCCAGGGAGCGACCCACUGCUGUCUAAGCCCUCCAGGGAUCCUCACCUGUACCAACAGCUCUCCCCAGGCUCUGGCAGGUCUUUGCAGAGUGGCCAGGAUGGUGGGCUUGGAGGAGGCAACAGCGAGAAGCCAGCGGGGGUCUGGACCACCGCCUCCUCCCAGCGAGUGAGCCCUGGCCUCCCUUCCCCUGGCCCAGAGAAUGGGGCCCUCCCGAGGUCUGCUCAGCCCAGGACCCCUUUCUCAGCGCCUCUGGCCCUGAACCGGCCCAGUCAAGGCUCUCUUCCCAGAACAAACUCGGGGGUAGGGAGUGAGAUUUCAGGCACGAUGCCCAAACCCACUGUGGACCCUCAACCCUGGUUCCAAGAUGGGCCCAAAUCUUACCUUUCUAGCUCUGCCCCUUCAUCCUCGCCAGCCAGCAUGGACCAUAUGCAGACGGGUGCCCUCCCUGGGCUGGGUCCCAAGCCUGGCUGUACAGAUCCUGGCGUUGGUCCCAAGCUCAGCCCCAACAGCCUUGUCCAUCCAGUGAUGUCCACCCUGCCUGAGUUAUCUUGUAAAGAAGGUGCCUCCAGCUGGGCCUCUGAUGGCAGCCUGGGGCCUGUGCUCCCAGAGACGCCAAGUUCCCCCAGAGUGAGGUUACCCUGCCAGACGCUCGUCCCGGGCCCUGAGCUUGGACCCACGGCCGCCGAAUUGAAGUUAGAAGCCCUCACCCAGCGUCUGGAGCGGGAGAUGGAUGCUCACCCAAAGGCCGAUUACUUUGGAGCCUGUGUGAAAUGCAGCAAGGGGGUGUUUGGGGCCGGCCAGGCCUGCCAGGCCAUGGGGAACCUCUACCACGACGCGUGCUUCACCUGUGCGGCCUGCAGCCGGAAGCUGAGAGGAAAAGCCUUUUAUUUCGUCAACGGCAAAGUGUUCUGCGAGGAAGACUUCCUGUACUCUGGUUUCCAGCAGUCCGCUGACAGGUGUUUUCUCUGUGGACAUCUGAUCAUGGACAUGAUCCUGCAGGCCCUGGGGAAGUCCUACCACCCCGGCUGCUUCCGCUGCGUCAUCUGUAAUGAGUGUUUGGACGGGGUGCCCUUCACUGUGGACUCGGAGAACAAGAUCUACUGUGUCCGGGAUUACCACAAGGUGUUGGCCCCCAAGUGUGCAGCCUGCGGCCUUCCCAUCCUUCCUCCUGAGGGUUCAGAUGAGACCAUCCGCGUCGUGUCCAUGGACAGAGACUAUCACGUGGAAUGUUACCACUGUGAGGACUGCGGCCUGGAGCUCAAUGAUGAAGAUGGCCACCGAUGCUACCCCCUGGAGGACCACCUGUUCUGCCACUCCUGCCAUGUCAAGAGGCUGGAGAAGGGCCCCUCACCUGCAGCCCUUCGCCAGCACCACUUCUAGCCAGAGCCUCCUGCAGACCUCACGGCCAGAUGAGGAGCCAGGGAUGCACCCUGAGAAGUCUGCCAGUUCAUUCCAGACACCCCCGGGGUGGGAUCGGGGCCGGGGGAGGCAGGGCAGGCAGGGGAUUUCCUGAGUGUGUGCAGGGGGCGCCUUUGCUUUAACCAGGGAGGGGAUCCCUGCCGGGCUGGGGCUGUGUAUUUUCCAAGUGCCUUUCUCUGCUGCCACACCCUCAUCAGAUGACUCAGGAAGACGCCUCAGCAAGCACAUGGCACGUGACAGAUCUCAUUGAUGCGACUGAAUGAACCCUCCUGUCCUUCCGGGAGGAGCUCAUGCUUCAGAGGGAAAGACUUGCACUCAGCGUAUGCUCUGAAGAGAGAGUUCAGCUGCCAGUGUGUUCAGUUCUUUCUCUCCACUUUGGGAAAUACCUGCACCCAAACACCCCCUCCCAACCACACACACACAGACACACACCGCCUCCCAAACACACACACACCCUCCCAAACAUGCACACAGACA